AUGAGUGGUUUUGACUGUUCGUUGCUUGAAGAACAGCAUUUUCAAACGUCAGAUUCGCUCAAAGAUGGCGCUAUUUCAUGUUCAGAUUGGUCUCGUUUUGCAAUAGCCUCAUCAACUGGUUUUACUCUACUAACUUUUAGUGGUCAUUCAUCACGUAAAGUUCAAUUAUUUACUGUUUCGUGGUUUCAACUUGAUCAACAUCUUGAACAAGAUGAUUUAAAAUAUUACACAUAUACACCCUUAGCGUUAUUCUGUCCGGAUUCACUGCGACCAGAUGGUGCUCGUUUAUUAGCUGUUGCGUCAUCCACAGGCCAACUUGUUAUAUGUGAUGCAAAUCAAGAAUCACCUGUCGUUUUAUUCAAUGUUUCGAAACGAUGGAGAGCUCAAUUAGAUGAACGAAAUGGUGGCAAUGCAACAACAUCACGAAAAACAGCCACUAGUAAUGGAACAACUGGCGGAGGAUUAUCACGUGAUGAAGAAGCUCUUUUAGUACCAACAUGUUUGGGUUGGUCGAAUGUUCUUCGACGUGAUUCUCCAUCGCGUUUCGUUCUUCUUUUCUGUGGCCUUGAAUCAGGUCAUGUUGUUAUAUGGCAAUUAUCUGAACAACAACCAACUAAUAAUCUUACACUCACAUACGCUGCUCUACUCGAACCUAAUGCUACUGAACCAACAGCAAAUGGAACAAAAAAAUCAGGCCUUUCACCAUCAAUGCCAAACGGUUUAUACAAUUCAAAAGUAGAAACAUCCUACAAACCACCACAUAAUUCUAUAUCAGCUAUGGCAUGGCUUUCAUUAUCAGAUACAGCCGGUAUAUUAGCACUUGGUUCAUCACAUGGACAUGUAUCUCUUAUUUCUAUAUCGUUAACUGGUAAUGAACUAACACCACUACUGGCAUAUACAAAACAAGAAUCGCCACAUCUUGUUUCAAAUGGUUCACGUAUACAUCAUAUUGCUUUAUAUCAACAAUAUAAUGAACAUAGAUUAUUUUUUGCUCAAAUGGAUUCAAUUGUUAUCGCUACAUUGAAUAUAACAUCAACAGGUUAUAAUACAUCGUGUUCACAAUUUACUAUUAAAACAGUUAAUGAAUAUGCUUUAAAUUCAAGUGUACUAACACAUUUUUUAUCGGAUACACAAGAUUUAUAUCUAAUAUGUCGCGAUGGUUUCAUACAUCGACAAGUAACACAAACAUUUAACGAUCCACAUCUUCAUCAUCAUCUGCCAGCACAACAUACAACUAGAUUUGAACAAUUUUGUCAAUUAUUACCAGCAGGUAGCGAAUGUCAAGCCGCUGGUAUCACACCUACUCAUUGCACUGUACUAACAAUGAAACGUAGUGAAGCAAUUUUAACAUUAUCAGUUUAUUCAUUAAAAGAUGUUCCAUCAACCAUAACAUUUUUUCUUUCAAAUCCAUUACCAUCAUUUCGUUUAAAUGAUGUUCUUGCUGCAUUACGUGUUUUACUUUACUCAGAUAAAUCUAAUGCACUAACUGAUUUAAUCAUGUCUGUUGCUGAUUGUGCUGACCAAGCGAGUGUUAGCCUCUUGAAAAAAGUUCAUUCGUUAUGUCGUCUUUUAUUAUCGUAUCACAAUAGCGGCCUUGGUAAUGGUUUAAGACAAGCUCCCUAUAUGUUAUUUUUAGCUGAUGUAUUCGCUCAAAUGAUAUCAAUAGAUUUAAUUAAAAAACUCUAUGAUUAUGUUCAAAGUGACCAACAAAUACAACUAACACCAAUUGAAAAAUCCAUUCUCUAUUGGUGUGAAUUACUAUUACAAUAUUCCACACAACAAUUACAAGUAUCAGCUAAUGUAACAAAUCCAAAUGGUAGUACAAAUAUAAAUUUAGCAACACAAUUUAGUUCAUUACUUGCGAUGGCAAAUCCAAAUAUGACAACAACACCAAUAACAUUAUCAAACGGACCAAUAACGCAAACACAAAUUAAUAGUCAAUAUUUACCAACAUGUGAUCAAAAAUAUCUUCAUUGUCCAUUAUGUGGAUUAGCAUUACAUAUAAGAACAUUUUAUGAUAUCACAUGUCCAAAUGGACAUGAUUUUCAACGUUGCAAUAAAACAUUUCUACCUAUAUUUAUUCAGGAUCGUGCAAAACGUUGUUCAUUGUGUAAUUUUUAUAUUAAUGAUACAACCAUUGAUGAAUCAAUACAAUUGCCAACAUUAAUUAAAAUACUCGGAGGGUUUACUUGCACAUUUUGCGGUUGA